AUUCACAAAGCCACCCAGGGGGUAGAGUACGUAGAUCCUGAAUAUACAAAAAGAAGAAAAACCGCUGAGGAAGAAGAAAUUCUCUGGGGAGCAUACCAUUUUGGAGUGGGAGAAAACGGAAAAGACCAAGCUGAACAUUUUCUGGAGACAAUAGGCGAUAGUUCUGGAGUUUUACUCGCUCUUGAUAUAGAAGAAAAUAAGGAUGGAAAAAACAUAACCCCAAAGCAAGCAGAAGAUUUUAUUAAUCGAGUUUAUGUAGUAACCGGACGUUUGCCGUUAAUUUAUGGGAAUGCGUAUUUUCUCAAGGAUUUUUCCACGCCAACUCUAACUGAAUGCCCACUAUGGUUAGCAAAAUGGGGAGCAGAGCCAACACUACCAAUAGGAUGGAAAAAAUGGACUUUAUGGCAAUACACUGACGGUCAAACAGGAGCAAAGCCGCAUGAAGUAGAAGGAAUAGGCUCAUGUGAUAGAAAUAAAUUCAACGGGACAUUAGAAGAAUUAAAAGAUUUUUGGAUAUCAUGA